UAUAUAUUCAUAAUAUUAAUGGCAAAAAUUUCUUUGCUUAAAAUUUUGUUUUUACACCCAAUAUUGAUUUACAAAAGUUGUAUCUAACCUGAUGAUGUUAGUUGUUACAAUAACAAUUGGAUCUAUUAAGUAGAGUGGUGCGGGGAUAAAUUAUAUAUUGGUCGAUUUGGUCAGAGCACAAAAAUUUCCAAAUUAUUUACUAAUAAUAAUGAAGGAAGGAUAAUCAAAUUUUCAUUCACACUUGGUAGAUUUGAUUCUUGGGAUGCAGGAGAAUAUUUAUUGAUCGCUUUAGAUAACACAUAUGUUGUAACAAAUCGUGUUAUUUUAUCUCAAGGAAGCAAUCUUUGCUUCAAUUCUUGGUUGGAUGUGGUUGAAUAGAUAUCUUAUGAAUUUUAAUUGCCUUUAGGAAAGGAAAGCUUCCUACUAUCAUUAUAAAGUAAUUUGAAUGACCCUAUAUAUGAUGGUAUCUAUUUCUAACAUAAUAGAAUCAUGGGGUAUACGAAAUGUGAUUAUACAGUUGUUGGAUCCUUGUGUGACCUUUUUUAGUGAAUGUAAUUUUCAAGGAUAAAAAUGGAUUAUUUGUUCAGGGAACCAAACUAGCGCAAGUAGAUAACUUCCUUUCCCAAUAAAAUCGAUAAAAAUCAUAGAAGGGCUAGUGGUUUAAAUAAAAGAUCCGAAUUACUACGGAGGAGUACUCUAAAUGUAUACCUCCGAUUAAACUUGCUUAAUUGGCUUUCAUGUAUUUUAUAUUGCUUAUUCUAAAAGUUCCCUAAAUAUGAGUAACCAGUCUGA